AAUGCUCAGGCCAUUAUUGUUUAUUACAGUAAUAUCAACAAUGUAUGAGGCCGUUCAUGUAACAGUCUUCUGAACAUCACCUCAUUUCAGGAGGUGUUUUGUACCAUUUACUUGUACGAUGUGAAGCACUUUUUCUAUCCGUUCACCAGCCGCUUAUGUUACUUAUUUUUUCUUUAUAUUCCAACUUAUAUGUGAUUUUCUAGCCAUAAGAUAAAUAAGCAUACUUGUGUAAAUGUCUUUCAAUCCUGAAAACCGUACUUACGAAGCUAAACGGUCCAUCCAAUUUUCAUGGUUUAAAUCUUGUUUCGUUAAUCUGAGUAACUAGGAUCAUUCCAAUUGAAUGGUAAUGUCCAUCGGUGGAGUUUGAGUACGUAUCUACAGGAAAGUAUUGCAUUAAAUAACGUAUGAAUAACACUAAGUGGUUCUUUGAUUUAUGUACAGAAAGACUUCAACAUGCUAUCGUGUUGUAGUAUUUAAAAAGAGCAAUUUAUUCGUCAUUGUUGCGAUACAGAAUGAGACCUUGUCAACAUUAAAAACCUAACAUUUUACCGAAGAAGGUCUAUAUUCUGUAUGAACACGCGUUAGGAUAUGCACUGUUUCGAGUUAAAGUCAAGUCAUUAGAAACCUCAGAUACCGUUACUGCUUUACAACAGUUAGCUACAGAUCUGUUAAAUAAUGAAGAAGAAUUUAUGAAAUGUUUUAAAUUGCAUGCAUUUGUGCCUUUCUCUUCCUCAGCUAGUGCUCUACAAAAUUGUAAUGGGAUAUCAGAAGGCGUUGUUCCACAGGAACUUAAAACGUUCAUAGAGGAGAAUUUACCUGCUUCUUCAGAUGUUUUGCUGUGCAUCUCAGACCGAAAACUUGCUGAAUCUAUUAAAGCGCCUGAAAUUGGAUUGCCUGAAACUAUUGCAUGUUCCUCUGAAUCUAUUCUUCAUGAAGUCUAUCGGGCUCUUCGAUUUUACUUUCCUAAAUACAUCAAAGAAUUUUCGCAUUUCGAUGAAUCAAAAGCUCAAAUAGGUUUGGGUCAUAGUUACUCUAGAGCCAAAGUGAAAUUUAAUAUAUACAGAAAUGACAAUAUGAUCAUUCAGUCCAUAAAUUUACUAGACCAAUUAGAUAAAGAUGUGAAUAACUUUUGCAUGCGUGUCAAAGAAUGGUUCUCUUAUCAUUUCCCAGAAUUGUCAAAAAUUGUUCCUGACAAUCCCACUUUUGUUAAAAUAGUCGGUCUUAUUCGUACCCGAGCUGGUGCAACGGAAGAAAAUCUUGAAGCGUUGGAGGCUUUAACUAAUAGUCAAGUUGCUACAGAUAUCAUUGAAUCUGCUAAGUCAUCCGUUGGCUUUGAUAUUACGGAUGAUGAUGCUGAGAAUUUGGCAACAUUCACUGAAAAAAUUAACGCACUAAUUGAACGUAGAAGACUAACACAAGAAUAUUUAGCAAAGAAGCUUGCUGGUGUUGCCCCAAACUUGAGCACAAUGAUUGGGGAUAGAGUAAGUGCAAGGUUAAUUGCUCAUGCGGGAUCCCUUACGAACUUGGCUAAAUUCCCUGCUUCGACAAUUCAGAUAUUGGGGGCGGAAAAAGCUUUAUUCAGAGCAUUAAAAUCUCGUGGUGCUACACCAAAGUAUGGAUUGAUUUAUCAUAGUCAAUUUAUCACUCGUGCUGCGCGAGAAAACAAGGGAAAGAUCUCUAGAUUUUUGGCUGCAAAAUGUGCUAUAGCCUCUCGAAUCGAUUGCUUUAGUGAAGUGCUUUGUGAUAUCUAUGGGAAACAUUUGAAGCAACAAAUUGAGGAUAGACUGAAUUAUUUUGAGACUGGCACUACGCCUCCUACAAAUGCUGAAGCUAUGGCGCGCGCAAUUGCCGAGGUAAAUAAAUAUAUUCAACGAACAAAGAAAAAAGCAAUUAAAACACUGAAUAAAAGAGAUUCAGAUAGUCAAGAAGAAGCAACUGUAACAACAACAACAACGACAACAAUCGAAACACCUAUAUUAGAUAGUAAAAAGAAACGUAAGAAAAAACGUAAUUUAAUAAAUGGGAACAUCACCACCACUACUACUACUACUAUUGUAGAUGGUGUUUCUAAUGAUCAGAAUGAAGUGAUGAAUCAUGAUGAAAGAGAAUUAGAUCAACAACAACAGCAACAAACAACUGACAUAUCAACUAAAUAUCAACUAUUAAAUGAUGAUAACAAAGAAGAGAAAAGUACCAUAGUAAAGAAAAAGAAAAAACGUCAUCAUUCAGAAUCAAUUAAUAUUGUUGAUGAAAAUUCAAUGUUAACAAAUGGUAAUAAUAUUUGUAUAGAAACAAUAGAAACACCAAUAUUAUGUAAAAGAAAACGAUCAGCUUCUGAAUCAAGUAUACUUUUAGAGGAUAUGAAAUUGGAUAGUUUAAAAAAGAAAAAAAGAAAAAAACAUCAAAUGAUGUUAUUGGAUUAAUUUACUUAUUAACUGUGUAAAAGACGAUCAAUUCAAUUUUUGACCAUUUAUUGUAAAUAAUAACAUGAUUGGUUAUUUUUGUUGUGGAAUACAAAAUGUAUUAUGAAUCUCCUAUUGUUCUAUUUUUUUGUUUUUUUUAUUUUAAGACAUAGAUAUUGGUGCAAGGAGGUACCAAAUAGAUAUGCACCACACAAAUCUCAUUUGAUGUGUGUGAGGGCUAUGAUACUGCCCGGGUGCCCAAACCAAAGCAGGUGGUUUUCUUAGGUGGCCACGCCCUGAGCCUUCGACCUGAAGAUCUGAUCCACAAGGAAGUGGAGCAUCGUAAGGAGAUGCAGUCCCAUGGUAGCCGGUGACCA